AUGUGCAAUUUUCAUUGCAGGUAUGUAAGUAAUCAUAGUGGAGAGAAACUCUAUGAAUGUAAUGAACGUUCUAAAGCCUUUUCAUGUCCCAGUCAUCUCCAAUGUCGUAUAAGAAGAAAAAUUGGCGAGAAAACACAUGAACAUAAUCAAUGUGGUAAAGCCUUUCCAACACCCAGUCAUCUUCAAUAUCAUAAAAAAACCCAUACUGGAGAGAAACCUUAUGAAUGUCAUCAAUGUGGUCAAGCCUUUAAAAAAUGCACCUUUUCACAACACAGUCAUCUCCAACGUCAUAAAAGAACACAUACUGGAGAGAAACCCUAUGAAUGUAAUCAAUGUGGUAAAGCCUUUUCACAACACAGUCUUCUCCUACGUCAUAAAAGAACACAUACUGGAGAGAAACCCUAUGAAUGUAAUCAAUGUGGUAAAGCCUUUGCACAACUCAGUAGUUUAAAAUGUCAUCACAGAACACAUACUGGAGAGAAACCCUAUGAAUGUAAUCAAUGUGGUAAAGCCUUUGCAGGUCACAGUCAUCUCCAAUGUCAUAAAAGAACACAUACUGGAGAGAAACCCUAUAAAUGUAAUCAAUGUGGUAAAGCCUUUGCACUACUCAGUAGUUUCCAAUGUCAUAAAAGAACACAUACUGGAGAGAAACCCUAUGAAUGUAAUCAAUGUGGUAAAGCCUUUGCACGUCACAGUCAUCUCCAAUGUCAUAAAAGAACACAUACUGGAGAGAAACCCUAUGAAUGUAUUCAAUGUGGUAAAGCCUUUUCACAACACAGUCAUCUUCAAUAUCAUAAAAGAACACAUACUGGAGAGAAACCUAGAAAUGUAAUCAAUGUAAUAAAAGCCUUUUCACAAAGUUAUUGUCUCUAUAAUCAUAAAAGAACCCAUAUUAGAUAG